GGAGGAGGAGGUCCGGCUCGGUCCGGCGGAAGCUUCUGCUUAAGACCAUCGAGUUGUUCUCUAUUCGUCUUUUUUCCUGCACACUUUCCUCAACCGCGUGGCUUUCGACUGCUAUUAUUAUUAUUAUUAUUAUUAUUAUUAUUAUUAUUAUUAUUAUUAUUGGUGUAUGACGAUUUAUAUUUUAUUGAACAUUUGUCCACAAACUGAGGAUAAGGAAACAUAUCGUAGGACUCGAAAUUUCUUCCAAAUGGAUAUUAAUGCCCGAAAGCUGCUGUUAUUUUUUGUAGCAGGAUUUUUAGAGAACAUUGAGUUAAAAGUCACAUGCAGUCCUCACGUUCUGGAGUGUAAUACGACAGCUCUUCACCUGGAGAUGGAGGAGUGUGGAGGACACUUCAAGACUGAAAUGGCUGAGUUACACCCCAAUUAUUCGUGCGACUUUACCCAUUUUAUUAGUGCAUACCACUACUUUACAUCCUGCGCAGAGAACAAUUCAGUGAAGAUCGGCUGUUUUUGGCCCCACCCAGUGGUAGAGCACUAUAUUAUCCUUAUCCACAAACAAUUCUUUUCCAACUGCACGAAAAACAAGGACCCAAGUGACACUCUUGAAGACACUUUCAACUCAACCAUAAAUAUUCUUAUCAUAGUUACAGUCUUACUUACACUGGCCAUGGUCACAUCAGUGGUAUGUUGCAGCAAGCAAAGAUAGUACCUAUAGGUUGAAGAUGUUAUGCAUAUGGUAUAUAAGACCAGUUUUACCCAAAGUACCACUCACCUGGCUUUUGUAUUUGCAUGUAAACCAUUUGGCUGACACCUUUGAUUGAAGUGACUUGAUGAGAUGAGAUGCAACUGAGCAGUUGAGGUCUAAAGGCCUAACUGAUAUUGAAUAAUAUGGAGAUGAUCCUGAAGUAUGACAGUGUGCAUGGUGCAUGGAAAGGAAAAGUAUGUGAGUGACCCUAAGACACAAACUGAAUGGACAAAACUAUCCCCAGUUCGUUUGCACUUAUAAGGCACUGGUCCUUCAAACUAAACUCUGACAAGGACAUAAAAUACUUUCCCAGAAUCAACAAUAAUAGAGUGGACAUAGGCUUUCAUGGGGUACAAAAACUGUUAGAAAUUGAUGCACAAUUUUUUUGAAUAUACAUUAUAUAAAUAUACAUUGUUGUACCUGGUGCCACAAGACACUGUGUUGAUAUAUACACCAUAUACAUUAUUCUUAUGUACAUAGAAUAAAUUAAAAUGGAAUAUCAUACAGUGUAUGUGAAUUGAGGGUACAAAAUAGAGAUACUGUAUAGAGAUAUGCACAUAGCCUGAUAUUUUUCUGCUCUGUCUCUUUCCCACUAACAUCAAUUUUUACCCUUUUCCCACACUCACAAACAGACAAUCCAAACAGGAUGUCAACCCCCACUGGCCUUCCUUCUUUCCUUCCUUCCUUCUCCACAUUACUGCAACUGAGUAGUCUCAUCCACACAGACAUAUUCCCAACCCCCAGUGAUAUAAGAACUACAGUAGAAAUAAAACCUCUUGAACUUAAUUCUUUUUAUUGCAGCGCACAGUAUUUGUACUCCAUCUUUAACCUUUUGAAACAAAUUACAAUGUUCUAUGACUAAUAUGAAGUUAAACAUUUUUAUUUAGGUCCUGGUUUUCAAAAAGUGGGGUUUUAGUGCUGUACUCACAUUGCUAUCUUACAAUGAUCUUUAUGGUGCAAAAAUCAGUCCCAGGGCUAUGAAGGUUUAAUUUGUUGAUAAAAAAUGGGAUGAUGCAUGAUGUAUAAUCUCAUUUUAUAUGAUAUUUAUUUCUGGCUGAAAAUGAAACUAUUUGUUCCAGUGCAGCAACAUGCCAUUAAUAGAAGAAACAGUUUCAAAGGAUGUUUUUUAUUAUUAUUAUUAAAUAUGAUGAAUGCCUCUGGCAUUAAUUUCCUGUUUAUGCAUUAAAUCACUGAGUGAAUCUUACUAGCUUAUAAGUUAAUGCCAUAUUUUGCGCUGUGAAGAAUAAAAAUAGAAUCUCUUA